GGUCUUUUAUCCAGAGACAUUCGCGCUCCUGGGAAACGGUGCCCUGGAAAACCGGCCACCUUUCCACCCUCUCCAAUUUGGGACAUCCGUUCAACCAUUUGCUGGCGGUUACUCGAGGAACUCUAUAGUCUACAUUCCUGGCCUUGCUUAGGCCAUUCAGGCACGCGACGCGCCUUGAACUCUUUUCUGAACUCUUGUUUCUGCUUGCCCUCUCUUCUCUGAGAAUCGUAAUGGCCUCGACUUGCACAAACAUUGACGUGCAACCUCGAAAAGACCGUGAACUAGGAGAGACUGAAGAUAUGAGAUCUCAGAACAACCUCACCGUUGAAGUCGAUUGCUCCUCAUUGGGUUCUAACGAGUGCCCUUCAAUGAGCUCCAGCUUCUCUCCCAUGGACUCCCCCACUCCAACCCCAACAAGUAUCUAUAGCCAGGGGUCGCUGGCCUCCCCCGGUUGGCAAGAUGCUAGCUCAUACCCAGGCCAUGGAUACGAGCGACAUACCGGAACUACCCCUAUGCGGAGUGCCUUUCGUUUAGCGGGAAUGACCUCGAAUGAAAACAUGAGCAUGGCUUAUGGUGGCAUGGAGGCACAGGAACGCGCCCCCCUAAUGCCGGACUUUCUGUCUGGGUACGAUGAAAAUGUGGAACAAUUCUGGAUCCCCUCCGAUGCACCAAAGGCGUAUGAGGGCGGGUCGCACUCCCUUCCAUAUCCUCAUACUAUGGCUCAAUGCCCGCCUAUGGUUCGCAGCAACUAUCGGCCUCAUGCGGCCUACCUACCAGAGUCCGCCACUAAUCCUUGCCUCUCCCGAUCUAUCUUCCACCAGCCUGAGCGUGUCCCGACAUCCAUGUCCAUGGGGAACAUGAUGCCGUGGAUACCACAGGCCACUGAAUCAAUUGCGCCCCAGACAAUUGCACCGUCCCAAGUGGGUCCUGUAACUCCUCCGCCCUCGUACUCUGAGUUCCCUGCGUCAAUUCACACCUUCAAAACACACAGCCCGGGUACCCCGCUUCGAUCAUGCUCACUUGGCACUGCAUCUGGUCCGGAUACGCCCAUGAGCCGCCUCUCCGGGGGUGCGGGUGACUAUCUCGAUGAUCUCCAGCAGUCACCGCCAUUCCGCGAUGGCCUCGCUCGUCUUCCACGCCAGCCCUCAAGGAAGAUGAUCCGAAAGCAAUCUUCCCGUCAGAACAUGUCGCUAGAGAAUCUGCCAUCUAUUAUAAAACAGGUACAGUUCAAGUGCAAAGAGCCUGGCUGUAAAGGCCGGUUUAAGAGACAGGAGCAUCUCAAGAGACAUAUGAAGAGCCAUUCCAAGGAGAAGCCCCAUGUCUGCUGGGUCCCUGGUUGUCAUCGUGCCUUCUCCCGCAGCGACAAUCUCAAUGCUCAUUACACCAAGACACACAGCAAGCGGGGUGGUCGUAAUCGAUACGUUGCCACACUGGACGAGACCAGUCAGGACUACGAUCCGGACUUCCGGGGCCAGCUCACUGCUGACGGGCGACCCAUUCGUGGCUCAACGUUGGACGACCCCAUGCCGGAUACCCGUGAAUACAGUGUCGACGUGUUGGAUGAUUGAAUCAGUACGAAAAGAUAUUAUGGGUGGAUCGCAAUAUGAUACCCUUUGGCACCCUAAUUUCAUUCUGUCUUUAGAAGGCUACAGACGUAUGGGGUCCGGUAGACCUUGGUCGGCGCUUCGCGGCGUUUUCUGUAAAACAGUUUUGCUUAUAUUCCACUGACGUUACUUGAUAUUAUUUCUUUCUCUACCCCUUCAGCUUGAAAUCCUUUUUUUUUUUUUUAAUGUGAACAUUGCAUCCUUUCCUUUGUCUUUUUCUUUUCUCCUUUGUUGGUUCUUGGAGAGGCUUUCCAUCUACGCACUUCGAAUAAUACGACAUCAUUGGGAGGGAGUGAAACCAAAAAAAGGGGGGUAUUGUACGCUGAGGGGUGGCCCUGUCGAGUAUUUUGAUCUGAUUGAUCCAUUGACUGCUCAGCAC